ACAUGUACGGGGAGUAGGAAUUCGGAACAGGGAAGCCGCCGCAUCCCCAAAUUCGCCGGCUUCCUCCCUCCCGAGCUAGGUUUCCGUCUCGCCGCCGCCGCCGCCGCCGCCCGCCUCCUUUUACUUUUUCCGCACCCCAAUUCGCUCCGCUGCCCACCUCCUUUCCUUUUUCCGCUGCCAGCCGACUAGGGUUUCCGCCUCCUCGCCGGACGGACGCCGCGAACCCCCCCCACACGGCCACACCUCGCGCCGGCUCCCUCCUCGCGUUCCGCUUCCCUCGCAUUACAAGCGGCGCCGGUCCCGGAUGGCGGAAGAUGCCAAUGCCGGUCGCAAGAGCUCUACUCAUUUAGCCCAAUCUCCUGAAUUGCACGCAUCUCUUGAAUCGCACGAGCUCAGCGACAGAGAGAUUCCCAAAGACGCUUCUGUUCAUCAACAGGCAAUUGAUGAACCCCAACCAUUGUACAACAUACCUAUUACGAGGGGUGAAGGAACAUUAAUAACUGAACUGCGUAAGGUUAUGGAGGAACUACGUGUGUCUUAUUAUGCUGACACAGAUGAAGAAACUCGGGAGCAACUGAAACAGUUUUGGGAUGAUGAAUUCAAUGCAAUAUCAUCUGGAGAAACAACUAUUGAGAGAGAUCUAAAGUGGAUGCGGAAGGAGGUUAUUGAGGCAUUCGAGACAUACAGUGAGGCUAAUGUAGUUGAUUAUGAGCUUGAAGAUCUUUCUCGUCAGUGCUUGAUUUUUGAUGAUUGUGGUCAGCCAUACCAUCAUUAUAAUUUUACAAUGAAGUCUAAGCGUCCUGAUUCUGAUUUGGAGUCUAGUACUAAUUGUCCUGAUUCUGAUUUGGAGUCUAGUACUAAUUUGGAGAGUUGCAUUUCUCGUCACUAUUUUGCUGAAGUUAAACUUAUGGAUGGAAAGAAACAUUAUUUUUGUUGUCCAUUGGAGUCGUUUGACAAUGGUCAUUGUCAUGGAUGCCGGAAUUCUGGCAUUGAUCUGAAGCAUCCUUCAAACGGUGGUUAUGAGGAGGGCAACGCAUACUCUGGACUCUCUUUUGAUGAUGAUGAAUUCGAUGCAAUCUCUGAAGAAACAACUAAGGAGAAAGGUAUAGAGUGGAUGCGGGAGGAGGUUAUUGAGGCAUUCGAGACAUACAGUAAUGCUAAUGUAGUUGAUUAUGAGCUUGAAGAUCUUUCUCGUCAGUGCUUGAUUUUUGAUGAUUGUGGUCAGCCAUACCAUCAUUAUAAUUUCACAAUGAAGUCUAAGUGUCCUAAUUCUGAUUUGGAGUCUAGUACUAAUGUGGAGAGUUGCAUUUCUCGUCACUAUUUUGCUGAAGUUAAACUUAUGGACGGAGAGAAACAUUAUUUUUGUUGUCCAUUGGAGUCGUUUGACAAUGGUCAUUGUCAUGGAUGCCGGAAUUCUGGCAUUGAUCUGAAGCAUCCUUCAAACGGUGGUUAUGAGGAGGGCAACGCAGACUCUGGAUUCUCUUUUGAUCCAAUCUAAUUAGAUCUAUAGACUAUAGAGUUGAUCAUACUGGAUGGGUAGCGUUGCUGUGGGAUAAUUGUCUAAUAAAACAGUAAAUAUGAGUUGUAAAAAAAAUCUUACUUAUUGUACGAUUUUAUUUUGUGUGGUUAUAUAUUUUUUACCUUGAUCAAUUAUUCAUAUUCAAAGAUAAUAAAUGAUUAGGUUGUAUGAUA